AUGCUUCAGACCAAGAUAAAUCUUCCAAGACUAAGCUUGACAAAGUCCAUAUCUUCCAUCAGGUUGGCGAAAUAUGGAAAGUGGUUUGAUGAUUGUAGUAAUGAUGUCAAAGUAUGCUGCUCCCUAGCUUUGCUAAAGCUUCAAGAUCAUUACAACUGGAAGAUUAUAGAUGUCACCAUUACAGAUAUAGAAAUGAUGCGCUUGGCUCAUCAUAUAACAAUUGGAUCGGAGUGUUCCACAGCGCUUGAUUCUUAUAUAACAAUUGUAUCCCCGUGUGAAAUUUGCAGUAGUCUCAAAAUUGCUGGUUAUACUCUAAACAUUAUUUGCACGAGUAAAUAUCCGGUGAAGUUGUUUCUCUAA